CAACAAUAACCACCUUGGCUUCUGGCACAAGAGGCAGCAACACUGAAUAUUCAGUUGUUCUGGAUGUACAUUUUAUUUCUUUGAAUUUUAUCAUAACAAACAUGAUAUAUUUAUGAAGGUCCACAUGUUAGUAAAAUAUUGUGAUUCCAAUGGAUCUUGCGAAGCUUGCUGGUCAACAACUUCUAAAAAUUUCUCAAUCAGCUGAAACUGGACAGCAUGUUAUUGAAUUCACACCACCACCGUUGGAACAAGUGAUUGAAAUUGACCCAACUAAGCUUGACACUACUGAAGUCGAGAUUGAUCCAAGUAAAAUGCUGGAAGCCAUUAAAGUCAACGCAAAUGAAUCCACCAGUACUCAACAUGUCAUCGAAAUUGAUGGUCAACGUCAAGUACUCAACAUCGGUGACAACCAACAUAUCAUUCUUCUUCAAGAAGGACAUGAAAGUGAAGUGUUGUAUAAUUAUUGCGAGGAAAAUCAGCCUGUCUUGAGAUUUGGAUCGUAUUCAGAAUUCAAGUGUGCGCUAAAUGAAUACGAAUCACAAACCAUCACCAAGUUCAUUUUGAGGAAUCAGUCAAAACAAUUCACAGCUCCAGUGUGUUUGCAUGAUAUAUUACGGAACGAGAAAAAUUCGUCUGAUUUACCGAUGAUCCGAUGGGAAUUUUGCGCUGCAAAAGAUUUUCUUCCAAUACCUUAUAUGGGCAUUCCUUAUAUAUCUGUUGGAAAGCAAGUCUUCCAGUGUCAUCAAGGCAAAGAUUAUAACACAAACAAAAAACAACAAUACGAGUUGCGCAAAGAGAUUUUAAACCAAGCUACACGUUUUCAAAUUAAAUCUCGAAAUAAAGGACCGUCAAAAAAAUUGGAUUGUCCAGUUCUUUUUGCUGUGAGGAAGUUAUAUUUCUUUCCAGAAUAUCCACUGGAGACAAACACGAAGCGAAACCGAGCAUUAGUUGCGCAAAAGCUGCGAGGUAAACUCACUCAAAUUAAAAAGGAAAUUUGCACGUGUACACACAAGGAGUCUGGCGACAACACUUCAACAGAGAACGAUUCGAGUAAUAUUUUAGGUAAACUCGAAUAUUUCACUCGAUUUCCUCCCAAUAACGAGCAUAAUCACGACGUUGCAAAAGCAGCCAAUUUUAUGAAGUUGCAGUUGAAGAAGCAUGGUUCCAAAGGUGUCGAAAUUAUGCAGACCAAAAAAACGUCAGAGGCAAAUCCAUACCAAUAUGAUAAGCAUGUAGAGCUGAUUACAGCUCUUCGAGCAUCAGGAGAUCUUGAUCAGUUGCGAAACGCAAGAGAAAAUAUGUCAAACAUUUAUCCAUUAACUGAAGAAUUAUGGAUGGAUUGGUUUCAAGAUGAACUACCAUUGGCUGUUAUACCUGAACAAAAACAAUUUAUAGUCUCAAAGUUUGAACUGGCAGUUAAAGAUUAUGCUUCUAUAAAGAUCUGGCACGAAUACUGUCAAUAUAUGAUGAAUAACAUCGAAUCUCCAGCCGAUAUUGAACGAGCUCGAAACGUAUUCGAAAGUGCUAUUACAUCAGUUGGAUUGCAUGUGACAGAGGGCUCCUCAAUUUGGGAUGGAUAUCGUGAAUUCGAAAUUGCCAUAUUGGAUUCCUAUCAACAAUUGCAAGAUUCUGGUGAUACAGUGGGAAUGGAUGCAAAAGUACAAAGUCAAAUUGAACGCAUAUCAUACAUUUUUCGAAGACAACUCUCUGUGCCACUGCUAGGUAUGGCAGACACCUACAAGAUAUUUGAUGAUUGGUCAACUGAAACCGUUCCUGGAGAAACACGUCGGGCGUAUGACAAGGCUACGCAGAAACUUUCACUGUGCAUGGAAUAUGAAGAAAAACUACAUGCAGCUGAGGGUAAUAAACUUGCUGAAUAUUUCGAAUAUAUCAACUUUGAAAUGAAAGAUGGCGAUCCAGCUCGGAUACAAUGCAUAUUCGAACGGGCAAUCAAGGACAACUGUUUGCAGCAAGAUUUGUGGGAAAGAUACACAACUUUUUUGGAUUUCAAAUUGAAAUUGGUAAAUGUUGCUAUUCCAGUACAUGAGCGAGCAGUGCGUAAUUGUCCGUGGGUUGGAAAACUAUGGCAGAACUAUCUCAAAGCAUUGGAACGUGGAAAUCUGCCAUAUGAAAAAUAUAAAGAGGUAUUUAACCAGUCAUUAAAAGGAGGCUUCGGCAAUGCUAACGAAUAUUUGCAAGUUUGGUUGGUCAAUUGUGACUAUCAUCGUCGAAGGAUCAGUGAGUGGGCGUUCGAGGAAGAUAAAGUUGAAGAACUGCAUAAAUCAUUUGAGUCUGGCAUCACAUACAUGAACCACUAUUUUGGUUUGGAAGGAGACAAAUAUUGUGUGUUGUUACGAGAAUGGGCCCAUAUAGAGGCAAAAUAUCUUCAAAACGUAAAAAGAGGGCAAGAGUUGUGGGAUACUGUGAUGAAAAAGCACUCGCGUGACCCAUUGAUGUGGAUGGAAUAUGUGCAUUACUUGAUGUUGUUUUCCGAUGUUGUUACUGUGCGACGUGUAUUUCAGAGAGCUGUUCAAAUUAGCUUCGACCAGCCAGAAAGUAUUUGCGAAGCUUUCAUCAAGUUUGAACGUCAGUACGGAACACUGGAAGAAGUUGAUGAUGCUCAGCAGAAAGUGGACACGCAACUGGAAAGAAUAAAAGAAAAGAAGAAAAAGGACGCGCUAAAAGACGCUUCAUUCCAAGCUGAUCAACGUAAGAAAAAUAAACAUAAAAACAAGGAAGACGCUGGAAAGGCAGGGAAAAAGAAAAAAAAGAAGAAGGAGAUAAAAGAAAAUCCAUUGAAGCGAGGUAUGAAAGAUGAAAACUCCGCUGAAAUACAAACUAAGAAGCUGAAGGUAGAAAAUGAAGAUUUUGCUGGCAUGCGUACUGCCGGUGGAAUUGAGGUCCAGUCUAAAUAUUUCAAUAUUUCAAACACCCACGAAGGAGAGCGCAUGGACGUGGCCGCAACAAUACAGACGAGUGGAGAAGUUACCAGUGAAGUUUCUACGUCCGCUGAACACCCUCCUCCACAGCAACCUGAACAGUUGGAAGAAAAAGCUAGUGAUGGAGUGGACAAAGUGGACAAUAACCUAAGUAUCUUCUUGAGUAAUUUGCUGUUCACAGUCGACGAAAUGCAUUUGCGUUCCAUGUUCGAAGAGUGUGGAGAAAUCGAGACAAUUCGAAUAAUUGUCAACAAAGCCGGGAAAUCCAAGGGCUACGCGUAUUUACAAUUCAAAAAUAAGGAAUCCGUUGCAGAAGCAUUAAAACUUGACCGUGAAACAUUACUUGGACGCCCUGUGUUUGUGUCGGAAUGCGUUGACAAGAAAGAGAAACCUACUGAAUUUAAAUUUCCCACUACACUCGAUAAACACACUCUAUACGUUUCAAACCUUCCAUUCGAGCUCACUUCAGAUCAACUAAAAGAACAUUUUGUACAGGCGGGACAGAUCAAACAAUUUAGACUGGUGACUAAUCGGUCUGGAAAAUCGAAAGGUUAUGCGUACGUCGAAUAUGAAAAAGAGGCAGAUGCAACGUCAGCGCUUUUAAAGCUUGACAAAACAGUGCUAAAUAAUCGACCAAUAAACGUAGCGUUGUCCAACCCACCUGCACGUAAACAACAGAAACAAAACCAGCCAGCGCACGAACAGACGAAGCCGGAAGUUAAAGAUAUACCGGGGAGCCGUGGCCGAUCAAAAACACAACUUUCGUUGGUACCCAGAUCUCUUCAAAAAGCGUCGAACGAUAGUAAAACCCAAGUUGCUGCCACAUCGACGCCAACGAGUAAGACGUCAUCGUCUUCGUCAUCGAUGUCAGGAGCAAUGAGUAAUAAUGACUUUAGAAAGUUUUUAUUGAAGAAAUAAGAUUUUGUUAUUUAUCAGCGAUGGAAAAUGGUUUUAGGAUACGUGUUUAUCAAUGUU